AUGAACGUAGAGGGCAUAUCUAAUAAAACGGCAGCAACUUCAACAACAGGGUCUAACACGGAUACUGCUGCUGGUCCUGCAAUUCCUGGACAGCCAACUGCUAAUGACAAAGAGAAUGACAAGGAUAGUGAUUCAGACGGAGAAGGGGCGGAGGAGGACUUUCAGAUACUCGAAGAAAGCCCGUGUAAAAGGUGGAGUAAACGUCGUGAGCAAGUUAAACAGCGAGAUGUUCCAGGGAUUGAUUGUGCAUACCUUGCGAUGGACAACGAAACUGGUAAUGAGGUUGUAUGGAACGAGGUGUUGUUUUCUGAACGCAAGAAUUUUCGGGCUCAAGAGGAAAAAAUUAACGCGAUUUUUGAUAAUUUGACGCAUUUGGUUCACACAAACUUGGUGAAAUUCCACAAAUAUUGGACCGAUGCUAAGUCGGAAAAACCAAGAAUAAUUUUUAUAACGGAGUAUAUGUCAUCCGGUUCCCUGGCUCGUUUUCUACAGAGGACAAGAAAGUCAGGAGCAAGUUUAAGUCUGAAGGCUUGGAAAAAGUGGACUACGCAGAUUUUAUCUGCUUUGAAUUACCUGCAUUCCUGCGAUCCGCCUAUUGUUCAUGGAAAUUUAACCUGCAACACUAUGUUUAUUCAGCACAACGGUUUAAUUAAGAUUGGAUGUGUUGCUCCAAAUGCCAUUCAUCAUCAUGUAAAAACUUUUCGAGAGAACUUCAAAAAUAUGCAUUAUGUUGCUCCAGAAUAUGAACAUUGUUCGGCGGUUACCCCUCAAGCUGACAUCUAUUCCUUUGGAGUUUGUGCUCUUGAGAUGGCACUGCCGGAAGGCUUGGGAGGUGCAGCUUCAAGCGUGUCAAAUGGUACAUUUAGUGAGUCUACAAGCAUGAUAACACGUGAUAUGAUAAUGAAAGCUCUUGAUACGAUUCAGGAUCCUAUGCAGAAGGGUCUGUAUUUUAUUCAGGAAUUUAUCGAAAGUUGUUUAAAUCUCGACCCAACUAAAAGGCCUACAGCGCGCGAAUUGCUCUUCCAUACCAUUCUCUUUGAAGUCCACUCUUUAAAGCUGCUUGCUGCUCAUUGUAUCGUUGCUUCUAAGCUGAACGAGAGUAUCAGUGAGGAUGAUUUACGCGUUGAGGAUAACGAGCGGGUUGCAGCUUCUUCAAAAUUCCGUGAAAUGGCGUACUGCCAGGUUCCAGCAUUCCAAGCCGAUCUAGAUAAGUUUCUGGAAGAUGUUAGUAAUGGUAUUUAUCCGUUGACGGCAUUUGCUCCAUUGGCUCAUCAGCCCAAAAUGACUGCAUCGACCUCAUCCACGGUUUUAACCGCUGAUCCCUCAAAUGAUGCAGAUCAUGUUUCGGAUCCAGAAGCAAGAUCAGAGGCUACUCCUUCUCCAUCUUGUGAAUCCGCUGCUCAAGUUUGGACUGAAAACCGGUCUAUUGUAAAGUUAAACGUUACAAUCAACGGGUCAUUGCUAACCAUUUUAAUACAACUAGAUGAUUUAAUGAAUCGGCAGUUGACCACUGAAUUAACAGAACAGGAUACGGCAGACGCUUUAGCUUUAGAGCUUGUACAACAAGGCUUCGUUUGCGAGGCUGAUUUGAAAAAGUUGAAUACUGGUUUAGCCGAGGCGCUUGAAAAAGAGAAGGCGCUUCGAAGGCCGUCAAAUGAAGUCACGCUUGAUACAAAAACGUUGGUAACGAGUGAAACGACACAAACGCAAUGA